AUGCUGUCAGUAAGGAGGGUAUCAGAGGUAUCAGCUCCGUCAACAUGUAACUGCCUUGUUCCAGUUUACUCCACAACAUAUGGGGCUCAACUGGACUUUAUUGUUGGUUGUUACGAAUUUAUGGAUUUAUCCCUUGAAUCUACUACUGCGGGAUACCGUGGUUAUGUCACCGGCUAUGUAUGUGAAGUAAACGAUCAACAUAUAGCUUCAUUACGGGAGAUGAAGUUGGUAUCGGAAAAUGUUCCACGAGUGGAGUUGCCGGGUAUUUUUGAUCUUAAUGCUUUUUCUGACGGAAGCCGUUUGAUGGCGAGUUGCACGGACGGCACUGUGCGGCUCCUGGGGCAUCAAGAAGGAUCCUUUAAAGAGGUCAUAUUCCCCGUGCAUAGCACUACGUUGACUAGUUGUAUUCCUUUUUAUUCUUCCUCUGAGAUCGGGAUGUGCCAGGCCAGGUGGCUCUGCACUGCUCAUCAAGGUGCUGUCGUUGUAUAUGAUCCAAACACGAAGAAUAUUAUCAGUAGUUUGGAAAACCAUGAUUACGAUGCAUGGUGUUCCGCCACAAUUGGCCCUGAAACAGCACUCUCUGGUGGGGAUGAUGGUUUUCUAAAAUGGCGAGAUGUAAGAUGUGGUGUAAAUGCUGUGGGUCGAAUGCAAUUUGGGGCCGGAGUAGUCUCUAUCGCUCCUGUCGCUCAAGGUGGAAUUGCAUCUACAUACUCCUUAGUCGGAUCCUAUGAUGAGAACUUAUUUUUGGUAGAUUCACGAUCACAAAAACGGCCAAUCACUUCCAUUGGUUUGGGUGGUGGGGUGUGGCGCUGCUCACGCCAGUUAUCUAUCAAGGGAUUGAGACCAGAGUCAGAGUCCGCGAUGCAUCAUUAUCGUUGGGUACAACCAAGUGGUACCCUUGUCAUUCCAGUCAUGCAACGUGGAGUGGCAUUUGUGCAGCACAACAUUUACGUAUCGGAAGAAAACGUUUUUCGUUUUCUUGGGUAUCUUCACGAUGAAACAAAUACUACGGAAGCAGUUGGAUUGCCUCCCAAUGCACUUUUUUACGAUUGCGCCAUCCUUCCUCGAAGAUCACCCCCUAACAAAUAUCUGUCAGAUGAUGCCGCUUCGGUAGUUACUUGCGACUUUUACAAUAAGAGGAUUGCGUUAUGGGAGGUGUCUGGGAUUCAACACAACGCUUAA